AUGGCCGCUCCUACAGAAAAUUCCACUGCUACCCUCGAGCAGACCUCCAUUCCCGCACCAACCGAAGCCCAGGAGCCCGCGAUGACUACGUCUACCGUGGAACAGCCCGUGGCCGUCCCCGAUGCCCCAGCUCCCGAGCCGGUAGCCAGCGAGGUAGAGGCCGGCCGAGCCCAGGCGCCUGAGACAUCGGCGGAGGAGACCCCGACCACAGAGGAGACCAAGCCGACGGAGGCAUCAGCUCCGGUCCAAGCGCCGGAGCCAGCCGAGGAUUCGAAACCCGCCAACGAACUUUCUGAGAUCCCCCUUCCUGCCGUCGCUGAACCUGACCCAGCCGGUGACGCACCGACUGCCGCAGAAGUUGAACGAGAUGCGAAGCAAGAGACCUCGGGCCCUAAUGAGCAGAAGAGCAAUCUAUCCUUCAUCCUCAACAAGCCCGAAGACUUGACUUUCGAAGAGCGACCCAUCCCCAAGCUCAAGAACGACCACGAAGUUCUAGUAGCUGUCAAUUACACCGGUAUCUGCGGCUCCGAUGUCCACUACUGGCUUCACGGUGCCAUUGGUCACUUUGUCGUUAAGGAUCCCAUGGUUCUCGGCCAUGAAUCUGCAGGAACUGUCGUCGAGACUGGGAGUGCCGUCAAGUCGCUCAAGGUGGGUGACAGGGUGGCACUCGAACCCGGUUACCCCUGUAGACAUUGCCUCAACUGCUUGGGUGGCAGGUAUAACCUCUGCCCGGAGAUGAGGUUUGCGGCGACCCCCCCUUACGACGGCACUCUGACAGGCUUCUGGGUUGCCCCGGCCGACUUCUGCUACAAGCUUCCCGACAAUGUUUCACUUCAGGAGGGAGCCAUGGUGGAGCCCCUCGCCGUCGGUGUCCAUAUCGUUAAGCAGGGUGGCGUGAAGCCUGGUGACAGCGUUGUCAUCAUGGGUGCCGGUCCGGUCGGUCUUCUUUGUGCGGCCGUCGCCCGAGCCUUUGGCGCCAGCAAGGUGGUCAGUGUAGAUAUUGUUCCCUCGAAGCUCGAGGUAGCCAAGGAGAUUGCGGCCACACACACCUACAUUAGCCAGAGGCUACCCGCGCAGGAGAAUGCCAAGGCAUUGAUCGAGCAGUGCGACCUCGGCGAGGGUGCUGACGUAGUUAUCGAUGCCAGCGGUGCCGAGCCUUCGAUCCAGGCCAGUCUGCACGUUGUCAAGACGGGCGGUACCUAUGUGCAGGGUGGCAUGGGCAAGUCGGAUAUUACUUUCCCUAUCAUGGCGCUGUGCAUCAAGGAGGUGACGAUGAAGGGAAGCUUCCGGUAUAGCAGCGGUGACUAUAGGCUCGCCGUGCAGCUCCUCGGUUCGGGUCUAGUCGACGUCAAGAAGUUUAUCAGCGGUGUUGUGCCAUUCAAGGAUGCCGAGAAGGCAUUUGAAAAGGUGAAAGAGGGCCAGGUAAUCAAGAUUUUGAUUGCUGGCCCCAACGAGAAGCUCGAGUAG